GAGAGACUGGCGUCGGGAAUGAUAGCUGGGGAGGCUUAAUGGCUUAAUGGUGUAAUAUGAAUGCCAUAAAAUUACUGCCAGCAACCUGGAUAAAAAGGAAGACAAUGAGAGAACAAAUGGGAAAGAGAAACGGCGAAAGGGAGAUAAGAGCACUUGGUUUUUAAUAGAUUGUCGGCGUUUUAAGAAGAGUGGCUUAUAGCAGUGGGGGUUUGAACAGUGGUUUACAACGCGGGAUCGCACAACGUUUGGAAUACAGCGAUGACCACGACACAGAGACACGUCGAAAUUAUUUUUGAGGCAGGGUGUUCGACUGUGCGUAAAGGAUGUCUUGUAAUUGUAAGCUGUAUAUGAGUUUUUGACUGUGCCCAGGUAAAAUGAUACACUUUCAUUGAUGGGACAAGCGGACGCGCGGCACCUUAACUGCUACAGUACCAGUUACGCGAGCCCUUUUUGGCCAAUGGAGACUUGUACGGCUCGGACUGGGUACAGAUUGAUACCGAGAGCGCUUUGACGGACAGGUGCAGCCCGGAGCAGCAAUAAACUCCCGCGCGGCAGCGCCGGCGGUCUGGAAUUCUGCAAUAAGCGACAGAUAAGAGCAAUAAAUUUAGUGGUAAAUAAGUAAUCCAUCGCGCCAUGGGCGAUGAUGCGACUAACUUCGGGGGAAUCAGCGCGGGCGACUGUCUCCCUUCAUCCGCUGCGCGGAUACGUUAGCCGUUUGCGAGGCUGACUGUCAGCGCAAAGAGAGAGAGAAAAAACCUUCAGUUUUUAACAGAAAUAAAUAAAUAAAAAUAAAAGUUUCAAUUCUGAGUCUGAUCGACAAGCAAUUGGAUCUCAAACGGAAUUAGCACUGUGAAUGAUUUGUGUUCUUAAAUAUUUUUACCAGUCUAUUGAUAAAACAACAUUUAGCUGACAGCGAUUGGUACGCUUAAAAAUCAUAUGCCAUUGUCGGGUUUAGAAUGAACCAUGGAAAUAGACAUAUUUAUUUUGUCAUUGAAAUAUUAUAUAGCCAAAUAAUCGAACUUGGCUCCCGUGCCUAUACUUAGCUAUAAUAGCCUAUUUACUUUUGAGCGUAUUAAUAACCACGCUCUGAUGGAGCCCCCGUCUUGCUCGAAGAAGAGCUUGUCUCUCUCGCUGCCCGUUCCGCGGGAAGGGCACGCGACCCUGAGACCCCCGCAGCACCUCUGGAGACAGCCACGGACCCCCAUCAAAAUUAAACACCGCGGGUACUCGGACACGGACCGGCAUCACCAUCCACAGAUAGAGCGCUCCAACGCGGUGGACACGACCGACCGCCCGGGGCUUAAGACGUCUCGGAUGACCUGGCCCGCUUCCUUUCACGGAACAACUGGCACGUCCGGCGGCAACAACGCGGGAAAUAAACGUUUUGAUGUGGAGAAUGGCUCCUCUCCGGGUGCUCUGGAUUUGCAGGCGAGUCCAGGGCUGGUCCUGCACCCCUCCUUCCCCCAAAGUCAGCGGCGGGAGUCCUUCCUGUACCGCUCUGACUCUGACUACGACAUGUCCCCCAAAACCAUGUCCCGCAACUCCUCCAUCACCAGCGAGGCGCAUGCAGAGGAUUUUAUUGUCACCCCUUUUGCUCAGGUGUUGGCCAGUCUUCGGUCUGUCAGAAGUAACUUCACCAUCUUGGCCAAUGUCACCACCCCCACUAACAGGAGGUCACCUAUGGGUAGUCAACCGACAGUUCCCAAGGCAACGUUGUCAGAGGAGACCUAUCAGCAGUUAGCGCGGGAGACCCUGGAGGAGCUGGAUUGGUGUUUGGACCAGCUGGAGACUAUUCAGACUCACCGCUCAGUCAGCGACAUGGCCUCUACCAAGUUCAAGAGAAUGUUAAACCGGGAGCUGUCUCACCUGUCUGAAAUGAGUCGCUCUGGAAACCAGGUGUCAGAGUACAUAUCCAGUACCUUCUUAGAUAAGCAGAAUGAGGUGGAGAUCCCGUCCCCCACGGGAGAGCGGGAGAAGCCCAUGUGUCACAUCAGCGGCGUGAGGAAGCUCACCCACAGCUCCAGCCUCUCCAACUCCACCCUGCCUCGCUUCGGAGUGCAGACUGAGCAGGAGGAAGCGCUGGGCAAGGAGCUGGAUGAUUUGAAUAAGUGGGGUUUGAAUAUCUUCCGUGUUGCAGAGUUCACCAACAACAGACCCCUUAGCUGCAUCAUGUUUGCCAUCUUCCAGGAGAGAGAUCUGUUGAAGACAUUCCGAAUUCCAGUGGACACUUUCAUCACAUAUGUGAUGACCCUGGAGGACCACUACCAUUCCAACGUGGCCUACCACAACAGCCUACAUGCUGCUGAUGUCACACAGUCCACGCACGUGCUUCUGUCCACCCCAGCCCUCGACGCUGUUUUCACAGAUCUGGAGAUCCUGGCUGCUCUGUUUGCUGCAGCGAUCCAUGACGUGGAUCAUCCCGGAGUCUCCAACCAGUUCCUCAUCAACACCAACUCUGAGCUGGCGCUGAUGUACAAUGAUGAGUCAGUUCUGGAGAACCAUCACCUGGCCGUGGGCUUCAAGCUGCUGCACGAGGAGAACUGCGACAUCUUCCAGAACCUGAGCAAGAGGCAGCGACAGAGCUUACGCAGGAUGGUGAUUGACAUGGUGUUGGCUACAGACAUGUCCAAACACAUGAGUCUGCUGGGUGACCUAAAGACGAUGGUGGAGACCAAGAAAGUGACAAGUUCAGGAGUGCUUCUGCUGGACCACUACACUGACCGCGUACAGGUCCUGCGGAACAUGGUGCACUGCGCAGACCUGAGUAACCCCACCAAGCCGCUGGCCGUGUACAGGCAGUGGACUGAGCGCAUCAUGCAGGAGUUCUUCCGCCAGGGAGACAAAGAGAGGGAGAGAGGCAUGGAGAUCAGCCCCAUGUGCGACAAACACACUGCGUCUGUGGAGAAGAGCCAGGUGGGCUUCAUUGACUACAUCGUGCACCCCCUGUGGGAGACGUGGGGGGACCUGGUGCACCCCGAUGCCCAGGACAUCCUGGACACCCUGGAGGAGAACCGGGACUGGUACCAGAGCACUAUCCCCCAGAGCCCCUCCCCUCCCCCAGACGUCCCGGACAAGGAGCUGGGCGCCUGCGGGGACAAGUUUCAGUUCGAACUGACCCUGGAGGACGAGGGGGAGGGGCAACCCAACCACAACCACUUAGGGGAGACCUGCCAUGACCAGGAGGAGGAGGAAGAGGAGGAGGGGGAGGAGAGGGAGGGGGAGGGAGAGCCAGGGCUGGAGGAAGAGCAGGAAGGAGAAAAUGAGGAGGAAGAGGAGGGGGAGGAAAUGAAAGAGGAAGAAGAGGUAGAAGAAGAAGGUGCAAAGGAAGAGGAGGAAGAAGAAAAAGAGGAAGAGGAGGGAAAAGAGCAGGAGGAAGUGGAGGGUAGAGAGGAGGAAGGGGCGGAGUGCGAGCAGGUGGGAGAGAAUGGACUCUCAGAUGAAGGCCAUGAGGAAGAGGAGGAGAGUGACACAUGAGGAAGAAUCACACUCAAUAGUCUCCCCCCACCCUCGCCCUUUAUACACACAAACACACACAGCCGCACCACCCCUCAUACCUGCAAGCCCCACCCCUCUCAACUGCCACGCCCCUCCAUCCACCUUCUGCCACUGCCAUUGACUGGGAAGAAUAGGUGUACAUGGUCGGGGGGGUGGGGUCUAGAGUGUCUGUGGGCGCGAGUUGUACAAAGGGGUGUGUUUACCUGUGUGUGUGAGGAGUGGGUGUUUAUCAGCAUAGGUGGAUUUAGAAUAUAUAUGGCACAGGGUUGGCUGUAUGAUGUUUAGACUGUGUGUGGUGGGGGUAGAUUGUGUUUGUGUAUGUACUUGUGUGUGUGUGUGUGUGUGUGGGGGUGGGGAGGGCGGGGUGGGAUCUGUAGUCAGGGUACUGCUGGGGGAUGCAGGAAAGUUCACUCCACCCCAGCCAUGGAGGACAAAACAAGAGGAUGUGUGACAAAAAAUAAUGACGCUUAUUGAUAAAAAAAGACAUUUAUUUUUUAAAAAACGGGAACAAAAUAUGAACAAAACUAUUUACACAGCAGCUGUAGAUUUGGAUUGUGUUGGCGCCACACAGUGGUCUUUCUGAGGAACUGCACCUGGGGAAGAGCAUUAUUUUAUCGCCAUUGAAGACAAUGUAGCACUCUGGACUCAACACACACAUGCACACAUGCGCACACACACAUACACACACACACACACAUGUUUGUGCAUACAUGUGUAUACUCUCAAUCUUAUAUUCACAUGUACACUCGCAUUUGUACUCAAACGCACAUACACGCUCACAAAUGCAAACACACUCGUUCGCACAUUCAGUUGUGCGCAUGCUGUAUACUCAGAAACACACGUACAGGUGUGCUUGCUCUACUUGCUCAUGCACAUGUAUUUCUGUGUGUGUGUGUGUAUAUUUCGGACGGACUGGGGAAAAGCCAUCUGUAUAUUGAGUGUCAAUGUGUAGGACUGACUCAUCUUUCUCCGCGUGGAGCUCCACCCGGAACGCCACCCGGAACUCCACCCUGGAACUCCGCCCAGUUUUCCCAAGCAGUUGUGUGCCGAUCGUUUUUUUUUUUUUUUUUUUUUUUUUUUUUUAAAUAGGAUUUUCUAUUUUUCUCAGAAUAAGAAGAAGCUAAGCCAGAGGACAUUAUUAUUAUUAUUUUUGUUAAAUGAGGGCUAGGAGAUGAGAGGAAGAGUACCCUACCCCCUUUCUACCCCCCCCCCCCCCCCCAGACACCGCCCUUUUCCAUUUUACCAGCAGUGCUACCAGUGCAAUAUGGCCGCGUGCCUUUCUGAAGGACCAAUGACGGCUUUACCUUGGGACCGUGGGAGCACAAUGGCUUGUGGGAAAGGAGAGGUCCGCGUGGUUUGCUGUUGUCUAUUCUUUUUGAUCGUGACGUUUCAAGCUCCUCCUGUGCUGUCUGUUAUUACUGUCAUAUUUACUCUCUGUGGGGAAAAAAAAUAACUCCACAGUAAGUCUUCCUCCUGGCCCAUAGAGGGCACUAGUGUCAAACACGGCUACCCCUGGGGCGAUGUUGUCUGGGUAACCGAAAGAGGAGUUGUUGCUUUGAGUGGGUUACUCGUCUUACCAUAUAACAGAAUCGCAGUCUCACAGAUGAAGAGCACAUUUGGUUUUUUUCUGGGAAACUCUUUCACGUGCAAACAGCACGCAGACAUGCCGUGUGCGCACAUGUACACAAACACAAACCUGUAUUCAUCUUUCUCUCUUUUAAACACACACACACACGUACACACAAAUGCACACUCACAUGAACACACAAACACACACCCACAUACACAUAUACAGACACACACACUCACACUCACACAUCCACAGAGAAGCACACACAUACACAAACAUACACAUACACACACACACACACACAAACACACACCCACAUACACAUAUACAGACACACAUGCUCACGCUCACACAUCCACAGAGAAGCACACACAUAUGCAAACACACGCCCGCAGACACACACACACACACACACACACACACAUGGCAUGUGCUCAGUGAGAAAGAUGAGUGUUUAUCUGUGUUUAUAAGUCUUAACACCAUGAGAGUAAUACUGAAGCAUUUUACAGCUACUGAAGUUGAAGGAAAUUCUUUCGCGUGGGGUCUUUUUUAAAAAGGAGAACACCUGUACCUGAAGCCUGUUCACACACACGCUUAAUCUCAUGCCGGAGGCCCCCUGUGGAAUCUCCAUUUAUGUGUGCUCCUAAAAUAUAUAUUUAAAAACACAAAGAUUGCCAUUUUAACACAAUACUGUAGCAUUUAUCUCUUGUUGAUUUACUAUUUACUAUUACUAUAUUGAUUCCUUGCUGCCAUGCUUCAUAAGUGUUGAAAAUAACUGAAAGGGAAAACAAAAAAUAAGCAAAUGCCUCAAAUGUUUCCUUUAAAGUGGUCAUGUACAGUUUUUAUUUUUGUAUGAUACUUUUGGAUGUAAUGAAAUACAUUCUAUUAUAAUUAUUAUUAUUAUGAUUAUGACAUUAUUAGGGCUGAAGGAGUAAAUGUAUAAUAUUUAUCCUGCUGGGCUUGUAUAUACUGUAAUGUUGGACUGUAAAUGAUGAAUUGUAUAAAUGAAUAUGUCUCGUUUUACAUCAUUGUUGAGCAAGGAAUUAAUAUGUACUGCCCUCCUCCAUUCUACCACAUAUUUCCCCCUCUCUCUCUCAAACUCUCAUUCUCUCUUCAUCUCUCCCUCUCUCUCAUUUCCACCUCUCUCUCUCUCUCUCUCUCACUUUCUCUCUCAAUCUCUGUCUCUCUGAAAAUGUGGAAGAGUGUAACUCUGGACUAGCACCUUAACUCAUUGGUUAAAAAGGGGCGUAUGGAGGAUAUUGACCAUCUUUACUGCACUUUAUUUUCUUUGAUAUCAUCUUGUUUUUUUUUUAAUCUCCUUCGAUUAUGUGGUGUAUUCCUGUAAAUAUAAGCAGCAGGGAUUUACUGCUCUGUAUGUGUGUGUGUGUGUGUGUAUGUGUAAAAGUUUGUGUGAUUUUGAGUACACAUGUGUAUGCAAAAGUUUGAAAGUGCACAUGGACAUGUAUGUGUGUGUGCGUGUGUGCACGCAUGUGUACUGUGUGCCUGUGUGUGUGUGUGUUUGUGUGUACUAUAGUAAUGUUUCUCUUUGUGUGUUGGUGAUGGAGGUACCAGACUCCACAGAUGAAAGGCAUCAGGUUAACCAAAGAGGUGGAGAAGACAGACAGUAGUUGGAUGUAGAGCCUAUGCUGUGUUGGAGAUGUUGUACGUUAAGUUCUCACUCUCAUUGUUCACCAAUAAACAGUGUGUGUCAAUGGAAGUUGAAUCGUGGAACUUAGCCUCAAGUGCACAUGAACACAGACACCUUCAGAUUGUGAACAUUUGAACGCUUCUCUUCAUCGACGCACCCUUACCUGUGCCCCCCUUAACCCUGCUUGUGAGGAGGCCCUUAAUCCAAAAUAUGGAUCACUUCAGACACGUCGUAUCUCCUGACUAGAACCGUGAAGCGUUCCUUGCGAGAACAAUUUCUUUAUUAAGUUAUUGAAUUCAAGAUGGCUGGAAUUUGCCUGACACUGAGGUCUGAGUAUAUCUAUCAUGUGAAACGUAACAUGAUAUGUAACAGACGCAGACCUGGCCUGUGACGUAGCCCAAUGGACAUUUCUGUGGUGAAAAGCUCAGGCUACAUUUCAUUAAAAAGUGAAAGUUUUCUUGCUGACUAGGAUGUAGCCAGGCUAUUUCCGAGGUCAGACCUCAGCAAUAUUGGGGUAUAGUCUGUUUGUCCAAACAUCUCCCAGUCUAGAUUUCCACCCCUUUAGUCAUCAAGAUUCCGGCUCUUGGUCACUGGGAAGCGUAUGCGUAGGGCCCCCGUGAAUACCAGGGGGGCCCCUAAUUAUCCUAACAUAUAUAUAUUAUUUAACAUGUUGGGUUUGAGGGACCCCUCAAGGGCUAUGGCUGGUGCUGAAUGGAUGUAAAGCCAGAAGUUUGGGCAGAGGAACUGGGUCGGUCUGAAAAAUUUGUAGAAUUUGGAUUUAGGCGUAAGUCGCCUGAAAUAUUUAGUGUCAGGAGUGUAACUGUAUUCAGGCCAGGGUCAAAUAAGCUGUGGAAUUACUUUUUAGAUAUUGAUAAAGUCUGAAAACACUCCUGUAGGUUGUUUUGAUGAAUAUCAACUAAGCACAACUAACCCAAAACGUGUGAGCGUUGGAGAGACACUUUUUUUUCAGAUGUUUACAGCUUCCAAAAAUUGGACUGAAAAUAUAUCGUAAAGAACCUACCCUUAAAACCACCGGUACAACUCCUGCAGAUUAACGGACAGUUUUAAUAGUUUAAAAGUUUUAUUUGAUUAUGCGUUCUGGCUUAGUCGUGUAUUUUGUUGAAAGAUUCUCAGGCGUCUGCAGAAGUAAGUUCAAAUUCUAUCACAAUCUAAAUUGUUACCAUUUGUCCGCCAGGCCUGCGCUUCACGGUCCGUCUGUCUGUCCGACGUUCUGGUACCCCGGUGUCUGUGCGCCGCCCAGCUAAGGCUGUGUGCUGGAAUAGGGCCGGGCCUCUGGGGAAGCCGGAGCCUGACCCUACCUACUGUGCUCUGAUGUUCCUGACUGAAGUCCUGUCACUUGAGUGCCCGUCUGAAUUGUCGCAGGUGAAAAGAGCUCUUUAUUCUCCGGCCUUUGUCACGCUUGAAGUAGUUUUGUCUUUCGGUCGUCGUUUGCAAAACCCCACACGUCCACACAGCAUUGGUGUGCUGACACAUCCGUCUAUGAGGCAGAAUGCUGACUCCAUCUGUGCUGAAGCUGAAGCACAUUUCAGAUCUCGCUUUUUCUUUUCUUUUUUUUU